AUGGAAAAAACCAACCUCACCACGGUGACUGAGUUCAUCUUCCUGGGCAUAACAGAUCGCCCUGAGCUGCAGACUCCACUCUUCCUCCUGUUCCUCGUUGUCUACCUGACCUCACUGUUGGGCAACCUCGGCAUGAUCAUCCUCACCCAGGUGGACCCCAGGCUUCAAACUCCCAUGUACUUUUUCCUCAGACACCUGGCUCUCGUGGAUCUUGGUUAUUCUACAACUGUGGGACCCAAAAUGCUGGUAAAUUUUGUGAAAGAUCAAAAUACAAUAUCCUAUCAGUUCUGUGCCACACAGCUAGCUUUUUUUCUUCUGUUUAUUGGUAGUGAGCUUUUCAUUCUGUCUGCAAUGUCCUAUGACCGCUAUGUGGCCAUCUGUCGCCCUCUCCUCUACACAGCCAUCAUGUCACCGAGGGUGUGUUGGGUACUAGUCGGGAUUCCCUAUCUCUACUGCACCUUUCUGUCUCUUCUCAUUUCUGUCAAGAUUUUCACUUUGUCUUUCUGUGGAUACAAUGUCAUUAAUCAUUUCUACUGUGAUUGUAUACCCUUGAUUUCCUUGCUCUGCUCAAAUACUCAAGAAGUUGAAUUUAUAAUUAUGAUAUUUGCAGCUUUUGAUUUGAUUUCCUCUCUCCUGAUGGUCCUGGUGUCCUACCUGCUCAUCUUUGUGGCCAUUCUCAGGAUGAAGUCUGCAGAGGGCAGGCGCAAGGCCUUCUCCACCUGUGGGUCCCACCUGACCGUGGUCAUUGUGUUCUAUGGGACGCUGAUAUUUAUGUAUGCACAGCCUAAGUCUGGUCACUCCAGCAAAACUGAAAAAGUGGCUUCUAUAUUUUAUACCCUGAUAAUCCCAAUGUUGAAUCCUUUGAUUUACAGCUUGAGGAACAGAGAUGUAAAAUUUGCCAUACAAAACACAUGGAAAAAGCUGCCUAGUGUCUUUUCUUAA